UAUGAAUUUUGUUUUCACAGUUAUUGUUAAUAUUCAUAUUUAAUAUACCAUAUCACUCAUCACAUGGACGUAACAACAUAAUAGCAAAUUCACAUUCCAAGGAUUUUGACUUACUUUUUUACUUUAAAAAGCUUGAAGAUUGAAGACAGCAAAAAUGACUCAUCAGAAGCAUCAUUGGCAGAGUCACAAUGUCAAACAGAGUGGGGUUGAUGACAUGGUGCUACUCACAAAAAUUACUGAUUCUGCAAUUGUAGAUAAUCUGAAGAAAAGAUACAUGGAUGAUCAAAUAUUUACAUACAUUGGACCAGUAUUGGUGUCUGUCAAUCCAUUCAAACAGAUGCCUUACUUUACUGACAAGGAAGUUGAACUAUAUCAAGGAGCUGCACUCUACGAGAAUCCACCACACAUCUAUGCAUUAGCAGAUGAUAUGUAUAGAAACAUGUUGAUCGAUUCUGAAAAUCAAUGUGUUAUUAUUAGCGGAGAAUCUGGUGCUGGGAAAACUGUCGCAGCCAAAUUCAUCAUGUCCUAUAUUUCAAAGGUAUCAGGUGGUGGAGCCAGAGUCCAGAGAGUUAAAGAUAUUAUUCUUCAAAGUAAUCCACUGUUGGAGGCUUUUGGAAACGCUAAAACCGUUAGGAAUAACAAUAGCAGUCGUUUCGGAAAAUAUUUUGAGAUUCAAUUUAGUAGAGGAGGUGAACCUGAUGGGGGAAACAUCUCAAAUUUUCUUCUGGAGAAGUCUCGGGUUGUCACGCAGAACCAAAAUGAAAGAAAUUUUCAUAUUUUUUAUCAGUUACUCUCUGGAGCAUCAGCUGAACAGAAAGAAUCUCUUGGAAUUGCAACUCCUGACUAUUACUAUUAUCUGAAUCAAAGUGGAUGUUAUACUGUAGAUGAAAUGAAUGAUUCUAAAGAUUUUCAGGAAACUAUGGAAGCAAUGGGUGUCAUUGGUUUAACUCCUGAUGACCAGUAUUCUGUGUUGCAACUUGUCGCUUCUGUUUUGCAUCUCGGAAAUAUCAGUUUUGCUGAGAGUGGCAAUUAUGCAGCUGUUGAAAAUGAAGAUUUCCUGGCUUAUCCUGCUUUUCUUCUUGGCAUCGAACAAGCAGCUCUACGAACAAAAUUAACAAGUAGAGUUAUGGACAGUAAAUGGGGAGGAAAAUCUGAAACAAUCGAUGUUACAUUGAACGUGGAACAAGCCAAUUAUACUAGAGAUGCUUUGGCGAAGGCUCUUCAUUCACGACUUUUCGAUUUUCUCGUUAACGCUGUUAACAUCGCUAUUCGUAAGGAUUAUGUCGAAUUCAAUAUCGGAGUUUUGGAUAUUUAUGGAUUUGAAAUUUUCCAGAGAAAUGGUUUUGAACAGUUCUGUAUCAAUUUCGUCAACGAAAAACUCCAACAAAUUUUUAUCGAGUUGACUUUGAAAGCUGAACAAGAAGAAUAUGUUCAGGAAGGAAUUCAUUGGAGACCGAUCGAAUAUUUUAAUAACAAAAUUGUUUGCGACCUCGUCGAAUCAAAGAGUCCGCCGGGUGUUAUGUGUGUACUUGAUGACACAUGUGCAACCAUGCAUGCCGUAAGCGAAGGUGCUGAUCAAAAGUUUCUCGGAAAAUUAGUCGGUGCUGUCGGAAGUCAUGAACAUUUUCAACAGUUCAGUGCUGGAUUUGUUAUUCACCAUUACGCCGGUAAAGUGAGUUACGACGUUGAUGGAUUCUGUGAAAAAAAUCGAGACGUUUUAUUCAAGGAUCUCAUCGAACUUAUGCAACAGAGUGAAUAUGAUUUCAUUCGCAACUUGUUUCCUGACGAUACAUCUGUGAGGUCACGACCUUCUACAGCGGGUUCAAAGAUCAAAACUCAGUGCAACAAAUUGGUUGCCACUUUAAUGAAGUGCGUUCCUCAUUAUAUUCGUUGCAUCAAACCUAACGAAACAAAACGAGCUCAUGAUUGGGAAGAGAAGAGAGUUACUCAUCAAGUUGAAUAUCUUGGAUUGAAGGAAAAUGUGAGAGUCAGAAGAGCUGGAUUUGCGUACAGAAGGCCUUUCAUUAAAUUUUUGAACAGGUACGCUAUUCUGACGCCGGAAACUUGGCCAAGAUGGAGAGGAGAGGAGAAAGGAGGAAUCAAACAUUUGAUGAACCAUGUUAAUAUGGAUCCAGACCAAUGGCAAUGUGGAAAAACUAAACUGUUUGUCAAAAAUCCAGAAUCGCUCUUUCUGCUUGAAGAAAUGCGAGAUCGUAAAUUUGAUGGUUUUGCUAGAGUCAUUCAGAAAGCAUUCAGACAAUUCAACGCAAGAAGAAAGUAUCAAGAAAUCAAAGAAGAAGCUUGCCAAGUUGUUUGGAACAAAAAAGAACGCAAGCGAGGCAGCUUAAAUAGAAACUUCAUCGGUGAUUAUAUUGGACUGGAAAAUAAGCCAGAAGUUCGACAAUUUGCUGGAAAGAGAGAACGAAUUGAAUUUUCGGAUACUGUUAAUAAAUAUGACAGAAGAUUCAAGAGCGUAAAACGAGACUUGAUGUUGUCUGCUAAGUUCUUGUAUCUCAUUGGACGAGAAGUUGUCAAAAAAGGCCCGGAAAAAGGACAAAUAAAAGAAGUUUUGAAACGACAAAUACCUAUCGAAACUAUUCAAGCAAUUGGUUUGAGUACCAUGCAAGAUGAUUUCUUCGUACUUCAAGUGGCAAACGAAUACGACUCACUCCUCGAAUCUGUCUUCAAAACUGAAUUUCUACAUGUUUUAUCCAAGAGUUACAAAGCCAAGACUCACAGUGAUUUGAGACUUAUUUUUGCAAAUACUCUUGAGUUUAAGGUCAAGAAAGGAGGCUGGGGUGGCGGUGGUGCGAGAAAUGUGAAUUUCUCUCGUGGAUCAUCAGACGUGCCUGUCCUGAAAGCUUCCGGAAAAGUUAUGUCGGUGUCUAUCGGACAAGGACUUCCAAAGGAUUCAAAACCUGAGGUGAGGAACAUCAUGAGAGGAAAACGUAAUAACGCCCCCCGUGGGGGAGGACGUGGGGGUUAUGGAAGACAGCCCCAACCUCAACAUCAACAACGGCAUCAGCCUCAGCAUCAUCCUCAACAACAACAACAACAACAGGCCUCCAGAAGGCAGGCCCCAGGGAGACCUGAACCAGGUGGUGGGUAUCCUCGACCCGGUGGACAUGCACCCCCACCUCCUCAUGCUGCUACCCCACCCCCUCCAUCGAUUCAAUCAUCAUAUGCACCACAAGGACGAGUGUUUUCAAUAGUAUCCCAACCUCCGCAGCAACAAAGGGGUCCACCAAGGAGUCAAUACAAUGGUGGGGACAGAGGAAGAGCAGGUUUGGGGCAGGCCCCGCCGCCCCCGCAUGGAUAUGCGCCUAACGGAAGAGCACCGCACGGGCCCCCUCAUGGGGGUGGGCCACCACCUGCUCAAAAUCAAGGCAGAUUCAGGCUGCCCAGCAAUACUCACCAACAUGCUCAACCAAAGCUACCACAAAUGGGACAGCAACGUAGAGCAAGAGCUCCUAGCAAUUCUUCUGGUCCUCAAGAUUCUGAUUUCAUGAGAACACCGGAUGCUGGAGUAGCAGGUAUUCAAAGAAGAAAAUCACAACAAAGGAGUCAACGUCCAGUACCAGGAGGCAAUCGUCCUAAACCAAAACCAAAUCCAAAACCUUCAUUACCCAAAUGCAAGGCAAUGUAUGACUAUGCUGCACAGGAUACCGAUGAAAUCAGUUUCUCCGCCGAUGAUAUAUUAGAAGUUGUUAAAGAAGAUCCCUCUGGAUGGUGGACUGGAAGAUUCAGAGGAAAAGAAGGACUGUUCCCUGGAAACUAUGUGGAAAAGAUUUGAAACAGUCACAAAAAGUUGUCUGAAAUUUUAUUGGCAGGCUUUGACAUCAUUUGUUCCUUUUUAACUACUGCAAAACAUGAUCAAUUUGCUGUUUAUUUUUAACAGUGCGUGUCACUUAAAGUUGUCCUUUGUGGAUAUUGACAAUUGACCCAAUCGAGCAUUCGUUUUUUAAAGCACUUGCUUAUAUUAGAAGACCAUUUAAAUUUUCUACAUGAUCAAGCUAGGUAAAAUAUAAUUGCAAUCGAUCAAAGUUGUAUUUACCAGUAUUUAUAUUUUUCCAAUUGGUCUCCGAUCGUAUCAGUACAAAUGGAUAUAGUUUUUGUAGUUUUUAUUAUGCAGAUAACAGUACUUUCGUGAACACUAUUCACUUAUUAAACUUUUGUCUGUCUUAUAUAGCUGUAAGCUCUUUAAUUAUAGAAAAAACUUUGGGCGCUCUAGAAGUAUAUGUACCAAUAUGGAAGUAAAUAAUUUUAUUCGCCUAUUUUACAUCAAGUUGUGAUACUGAAUGUCUAUGGCAAGGAGGAAUUUUACUUGGAUAACACAGACAGUCCCUGAACUCGUAAUAAAACUAAAAUAAUAAAAAUUUGAAUAAAAUUAUGGCCUAACCCUAACCUGGUACACACCUUAGAGCGGUUUGAACAUUCAUUAUGAAUUUACUCUUUGACACAAAUAGCUAUAACUGAUAUUGUGGUUGGUAACAUCUUCCAUAUUAUUAUUAUCAUUGCGGUAUUGUUCAUGCCUAAAUAUAUUUUAUGACAGUUUGUUCCUAUUCCAUUUUCUUGUGUAUACUAAACAUGAAAGUAUUAUCCAUUUUUUUUCAAAGUGCCGGUUAUAGCUGUAGUAAUUCUUUAUCAAGUUAGUGGCAAUUAAUUGAAAUUCUCAAGAACAUUUUAUCUAUGAAUUCGGAGUUAUUCGUAUUUGAAAUAUUACUGUAUGCGUAAAUGUAAUGAACACUCCAUGACUUGCUGAAAAGCAGUUUAUGGUACAUCACACUUUCUGAAGUAUUCGAUAAUUAGCUAAACAUUCACUUCCAAUAUAGACAAUUAUUAAGUGUCCAUAUAUUACGGUAUUUACCAUGAGUUUUUUCGUAUCCACAAACUUUUUGCAAUUAUAGAACUUUUUUCACACUGCCUUAAUUUAAAAAUCAACUCAUCUUUCACUAUGACCAACUUAUGUUAUCAUACUGUACCUUACAUACCCACCUGUACUGAUGUAGACCAAUUUAUUCAGCCUCCAUAGUUUAUGAACUUGUACUCUACUUUGUUUUUUCUGGUCAAUACAGUCUUAGCAUGUUUUUGUUAAGUUACUGAAAAGUUGAACAAUUUGGAUUCGUUUCGCUUCUGAACUGUAAACUUGAUGAUUUUUAUGUUGUAAUAAUUGAUUAGUAUCAUUCUGCAAAGUGUUUUAUCAUUUCCGCCGAUAUGAACUUUGACACUGGUAGUCUAAAUAUUGCUGAUGAAAAUAAUUUGUAUUCUUUUCAUAUUUUCCCAUCUUUGUUUCUCGCAAUCUUUAAGAACGAUCAAAAAUGGCGGUAAAUUCUUUCUGACUUUCAACCCAUAAAGCACAUUUUUUACUUUUCAUUUAUUUGUACUAAAUUGUACAUUCUAGGUAAUUAUUCCCAAAUAUGCAAAAACAUAAAUUUUUGCUAAAAAAAAAUCAAAUAAUCAUGUUUUUUAUUAUGAUUUAAUAUUGAAGUAAUAUUCUGGAAUCAUGUUCUAAUCAAAAAGCACUUAAGCUUAUGUACAUAGUGACGUCAUGAUUAUGACGUUAUAUUACAGUGCCACGUAUUAUGAUAGAAGUGCACUUUGCCCUUUUUGCACUAAUAUUAACCUUGAUUGUUACCAUUUUGUAAAUAAUUGUCAAGUGUGGGCCAUAAAUGGAAGGCGCCCGAACGCUGCUUUUCCAUGUAUUGUCCAGGUUUGACUCUAUGGUGACUAACACAUAUAUAUAUUGUUAGUCGUCGCUGUAACGCUGUACUGAUCGAUGAUUAUGUAUUAAUAUAUAACUGAUGAUCGUUUUAUUAUGUAUAUUCCAAUAGAGAUAAUGACUUUUA